AUGGACUCUUUUAAUGUACCCAAAAAAGUAAAUCGCUGUGUUUUAAAGGCCAUACGCUUCCUCCAAAAGUCUUCCACCGAUUAUGCUCACGUUAAUGAAAUAAAAAGUCUGGCAAAGUGGCUAAUGCGCAACGGUGUACCGGUGGCCAAUGUAGACAAUGUCAUAAAAGAAUCUCUGCAGAACUUGACCAGCCUUGGCUUAACGUCGAGGAUCGGAACUUCCAAGUAUAGAAUUAUUGCUUUUGGCCGUAUGGGAAGGGCCUUGCCCUGUCCAAAUGUAAAUGUUCCGGGUAAUCCUGGUACACCGUUAAGACGGGCUAUUCAGAAUGCGCAAAAAAAGCGGAGUAUUGGAAAUUUAAAUCCAUGGAAGCCGGCCACAAAGAUCUUAAGUGAGGACUCUGUAUCCGGAAAUGAGAUAGACAAGACACGUAAAAGGCUUCGCAGCAACACCAAGCGCGUUUUAAAGACGAAGCGAGAAGUUCCUUAUCCGCAACAGGAACCUAAACAGUCGGCUAAUAUUAGAAAUGAAGAACUGGUCGUUUCGACUGGGAGAGAUUUUAAUCCACUUUUAGGCUCUUUAGGAUGGAUCAGUCCGAAUCCUAUUCUUCCUGAGAUUCCAUUUCCUCCGAUCGUCUGCUGCAUUUCCAGCUCGUCGGCGAUAGAUAACCAAGAUCGUCUUUUUAAGAUUGAGGUUUCUGAAGGAUACCAUCAGUGCGAAAGCCCUGUUGGCUUGGAUGGGAUUAAAGGACUCGAAGAAUUAAUGAUUCCUGCAAAUUUAUGCGCCAGUCCUGUUGAAUGUCUCGGUGACACCUCUGAAAGAAAACCCGAUGUGGCGAAUGCCUCCGUAAUUGGACUGUGUGGUAGUUUUCUUUCUUUGCAUAUACCGAUAAAUUCAGCUUUGAGCAGUGACAACUUAAGAGAAGGUUUAGUGUCAUCUUUUGGCGACCUACAAGGCGAACUAAAUAUUGAUGGCAUUAGCGAAGAUUCCAAGGAUGCGCACAUUUCUAUAUCUCAAAAAUCUAAUUACUUAAAGCCUGAUAUAGCCCUGGAAAUUAAUGCACUUCAAAAGCUCGGAGUGACAAACACCAUCGAAUAUCAAGAUGUGUUAUGUUCAGAAGAUAAUGGUCAAGAAGCUUUAUCUUCUGCACCUUUGGAAGGUCACGGAUCUUCUCAACGUGAAUUUGCUUUAGAACACUUAAAGGUGCAAGGAUCUUUAUCGAAAAAGGAUAUUUUUUCUGAUACCCAAGAAAUUGCAGAAGUCAAUUCAAAAUCUAGUAAUGUCCAAGAAUCCCAAAACGAAAACGACUUUCCAAAGCUGAGAAGCUCAUCUGAUUUGGACUUUUAUAAAUGAUUUAUAAACGAAUAUGACCAAUCGAGUGAGCGCGCCAGCACCGACAUAUCGAUAGUUUGCUUGCGUGAUUACUGUCGGAAAUGGCUCACGAAUUCGCUUGUGUUGGUGCUCUUUCAUUACUCUUCUGAAGUAACUGUCCAUGGAUUAUAUGUGGUCUUCGUACUGUUUUUAUUUUAAUUAUACAUUAUACAUUUAAUAAACCAAAUUAUAUUCGUGAGCUGAAAAAAA